CAUGUCAUUAUACUAGUACUUGAAAACUUAUGAGAGAUAAAUUACAUCUCUAAAAAUUCAAUUUACAAUGAAUUUAUAGCUGAAGCAAGAAUGAAAUGUCAACAUAAUGUUUGUAUUGAUCUUCUUAUUUGAAUAUUGAUUGAUUUUAAUACUCAAAAACCUUUAGUCUCCUAAGACUUUCCCGUUUCAUUAAAAAAAAAUAAAUUCGGAUUCGUUACAUUGACUUUGGUAUCAAACUUUAACGAUUAAAAAAUGCUAAAGCAAAUUAUUCUCAAGGUGAUCGUAGUUUAUUGCAUUCCUGGUGUUUUCUCAGCCCCAACUCGGAGGAGGACGGCAGAGAUUACUUCUGAUCCAAUUAAAUACCUUGAGACAUAUGGUAAUCUCAAGACCAGUAUUCAGCACUCGCCAACCUCAGUCGACGAUCUUCCUGGACCGUUUCCGCAGUUUGCUGGCUUGCAGCAGACCGGGCUCCUCAAUGAAGCGACACGGGACAAACGCCAAGCGAAGAGAUGCGACGAAAGAGACAUCAUUGAUAACGGCUAUAACCAGCAGGGAGAGAGCAAGAACUGGGGAAGAUUUACACCAAAAGGGGGUAGAUGGACAAAGAACGACUUGACGUAUUACUUUAAGAAAUACACUACUGAUCUUACUCGACUUCAAACUAAGGAUGCGAUUAGAAGAGCUUUCCAAGUUUGGGCAGAUGUUUCGCCGCUGACGUUCACAGAAUCAUCCGAAUCUACAGCCGACAUCAUUAUCGAUUUCGUGUCGAGAGACGAGCAUUCCGAAGAAUACCCUUGCGAGCAUAAUAAGUUCGACGGGCCUGGUGGCUUUAUUGCGCAUGCGUUCUACGACCCACCGCUCGGCAUCGUCCACUUCGACGAAGACGAAACGUUCACGACUAUGACAAUGGGUCGUAAGGGUACCUUCGACCUCGCUUUCACUGCCGCUCACGAGAUCGGCCACGUACUUGGAUUGGGACAUUCUAACAACUCCUGUGCAGUUAUGGCCCCAUUUUACAGAGGUAUUGAAGGAGGUUUAAACCUACAUCGAGAUGAUAUAGACGGAAUCCAGUAUUUAUAUGGUACUCCUGAUGUUGAUGUAACGGUGGCUGAUUAUGGAAGGGAUAUCAGCGAAGUCGCCAAACUUCCGUCAUGCGACACACCAUGGGAUGCCGUCACAUACUACGCCCCUGACGAUGUCGUCUACGCAUUCAAAGGCAAGUUCGUCUGGGCGAUCGACGAGGAGGGGGCCUUAGAAGGCUACCCGAGGAAGAUCAACAAGGUAUUUCACGGGGCACCAAAUAACGUCCACUCUGUCGUAUCUGCCGGGAGCCGGACAUACAUGUUCAAAGGUAGGAAAAUCUGGCGAUUCUUCGGGAAGCAGUUGGAACCCGGUUUCCCCCGUCUGAAACGAAACAGUUUCCCGUCCAAAACCGAUGCUGCCCUGGUCCAUGAUGGUAGGAUAUACAUCCUCAAGGGAACCCGGUACUACGAGUUCUUCGAGAAUGAUCUUAGCAUCGGAUGGUCCAAGGAGAUUCUUCAUCAAUGGAGAGUAUUGCCGACCCGCGUUGAUUCUGCUUUCCAGUGGCGGAAUGGCACCACCUUUUUCUUCAAGAAUGAUACUUAUUGGAGGUUUGAUGGUCAAAAAUUAACGGGUGCGCAUCCCGGCUCUGUCUCGAAGGAUUGGUUAGGUUGCGGAUUAUCGUGAGAAAUAUCGUCUGACAAAAAAAAACCUUCUUCAAGAAAGGCAGUUAUUGAGAUUUCGGUGUGUUCGCGGAAGGGUGGAUGUUCAUCGAGAAUUUGUUUCGAAUGAGACGUAUAGGCGGGCGUAUAGGCUUCCAGACUAGACGGACUUCUUCAGAAAAGACAGACAUCGGAAAUCAUAUGGUCACAAAAUGGCCGUUGCUCAUCAGAAUUCCGUCUUGAACCAUUGGCUUGACUGCAGAUCAUCUUUGGCGAUUACAGAAUCAGUGUAAUGUAGUUACACUAUACAUAUCUUGUAGAACGUAUCAUCUAUAGAUCCUACAUGGCGUGGAGUCAUGAUAAUAAAUGAUAUAAAAUGAAACUUGUUUUAAACCAAAUGUCGUCAACGAAACUGGACUCAUUCACUGUAUAAACAAGCCAUGGUGUCGAGUUAACUGUCUGACAAGUUAUCCGAUAUUUUCGUUGAUUCUGAUUGACUGGGCAUGCAUGAACUGCUGGGAAGCAUGUCGUGACUGAUCGAUACAUGGAAUUGUCAGAUAAGACAGACGCUUCUAUGUCCCACAUUCUGAUAGCAGGUUUUAAGUUGUGGUUUAAGUAUGGAUAGCCAAUUGUUACAUAAAUCACUAACAA